AUGAAGUCUUCCCAGAGCGUCAUGUUUCUCGCGCUAUGCAGCCUGUUCUUGAUCCAGGCAGCAAUUGCAUUGUCUGUAGAACAGCCUCGGGUGAACACUAUCCAUACCGAAAGAUAUUCAUUGCAAUAUUCUAUUGUCACCCCGAGCUUGAUUGACCGUCGUGAUGCUGGCAACUCCAAUCCUAUAUGCGCCUCCUACAUCGUGAGGGAGGGUGAUACGUGUGCCAGCAUUGCCGCAAACUGCGGCAUCACUACCGACUUGCUCACCACUUACAACAAGGGCGUGGACUGCACCAAGAGCGCCGGAAAGCCGAUGUGCUGUUCCACAGGAGGAACUCCAGUUCCACCGCGAGAAUUUGGAGGUGUCUGCUACUCGUAUACCAUUCGAGGCGAAGAUACCUGCGAUCGAAUUGCAAAGGCAUACGGCAUCACUGUUGCCAAUAUCGAGGCCUGGAACAAAGAAACAUGGGCCUGGUAUGGGUGUGGUGACCUUCAGAUUGGUGGCAAGAUCUGUCUCACGGAGAAGGGUGUCCCUCCAAUGCCGGUUUCAAUUCCUGGUGCUGUCUGUGGUCCGCAAGUACCUGGGACUGCCAGUCCUAGCCAGUGGGACAAGCUUUCCUCGUUGAACCCCUGUCCCUCAGCUCAAUGCUGUGAUAGAAAAGGACAGUGUGGUACUGGCGCAAACUUUUGCAGCGCAACUAGCUCGACCACAUCGAAAGCCGGCGGAGCCACCUCUCACAAAACGCAGGCUGGUGAGCCUACAGCACCCGGCACUAAUUCAGCUCAGUCUUCGAGUAGCACGAAAGCCACCAGUUCCAGCUCAACCAAGUCUACAGCUACUGCCAUUACGAGCAGCUCCAGUUCGACGACCAGUUCAAGCAAUACUCUUGUCAGUAGGGCAAGCAAGACCUCAAGUGGUAUCGUAACGGUGGAAUCGGGAUGGAUGCUGCUGAUGUACAUGGAAAAGGGCUGCAAUGGGGAUUAUGUGACCCUGCAAGGCCAUAACAAGAAUCUUGCUGAUUCCGACUGCCUCGUGAUACAUGGUGGCCUCAGCACCAACAUUACAGAUGAGGGUGUUUCAUGUCGUUACUGGGUGCAGGAAGGGUUGAACUGGAAGAGCUGUGACGAGAGUCCCAAAACACGGCCUGCAUCAUGGAAAAUGAUCAAUGGUCUCUGUACGGUGGUUGAUAAUGACAAAUGUGACAACUACCACUCUAUUGGCCAAACAUAUGGCUGGCGAGGAAAGGGAGGCCCUUGUCAGAACGGGGGUAGGAGAGGGGACCCUGAGUCGUUCAACUCUAUGCAGUGCUAUGUGGGCUAG